AUGCAAGGCUUUAAUCGCUACUAUCCAGCGACAUAUGAUCCUGCUGACAAAGCUCACAAAGGCAAUCUGAACAGACUUGCUGGCAAGCCAGCUCAGUCAAAUGUCGUUCGUUUCGAGAUGCCCUUCAAUGUAUGGUGCAGUCAUUGCAGCAAGCUUAUCUCGCAGGGGAACCGGUUCAAUGCUAGUAAAAGGCAAGCUGGGCGCUACUUGUCGACCCCGAUCUGGCACUUUACGCUCAAAUGCCACCACUGCACAGGAUUCAUUGAAAUCCAAACAAACCCGAAAGAAACUUCCUAUGAUGUUCUAUCAGGAGGUGUGCGAAAGGCUGAAGAGUGGGACGCAAAGGCCAAUGGCGCGUUGGUCACCGAGACGCUAUACAGAUCAGAUGAUGAUGCCGUCACGCAACUUGAGGCGGAAUCUAUCAGAAGACAGACACGGGCAGAGACGUCGGCGCACCUCAGUCAAUUAGCAGCAGCCAACAAACGUUGGACAGACGAGUACAGGGCUUCUCAGGUGCUUCGCAAGCGAUUCAGAGAUGAGAAAAAGCAGCGGCAGCUGACAAGCAAGAAGUGCAAGGAAGUUGAAAGACGAUUUGGCCUAGCCGUCGAUGUGCUA